AUGAACCUAGCCUUCCGUUGGGUCGCGGUGGGACUUGAAAUCGGUACCAGAAUAAAUCCCAUGCUCCUGCGUCUGCAUAUGGUAAACAGCUCCCUGUACCUUCAGGCUAAAUGUGUUUCCAGCACACCACCAUCGACGGUGAGCUCCAUAAUCCGCGAUCUGGUUUCCGCGAGAGCGAGGCAUGUGGUCGUCGGGACAGCGAUGAUCUACCACAACAUACGAAACACUGCCGCCGUUGUACUGUCUCUAGGCUACACCAUGACGAGGCCUUUAUAUGUAAAGGAAAGCUCAGCGUCGCCCAACCGGCGCUUAAAAAAAUCUCGUGGAAGUUUGCGAAAUCAGCCGUCUCUUCCGGAACAGUUGGUCACUUGCUAUGCACACAAUCGACGACUAUGGGCCGCCUUGAUAAUGGGUCUCUUUGUCAUUUCGCAGUGGUCCUUCCAAUCCUCUCCUUGGAAUGUUGACGACGACGACGAAAGAAUGUCGGGCGUUCCGGAGCUAGCAGAAGAUUCCCGCCCCACGAGUGGGCGCCAGACUUGGCCCUACCACAAAGACUCCAGAGUCGAAAAUAUAGACAAUGAUGGAUUGGAGCGGCGGGCACGACAAGCGGAACAAUCCGCAAGAAAUUUAGAAACGUACGAUUGUACGGAAAGUCCCGUCAUUCCCCAGUCAGUCUACCAACCACAAUCGGCUCUGCCCUUGCCUGUGGUUUUGUUAGGGAGUCGGAAUGCAACAGAAGACGAGUAUCACGGGAGCUUGCUAGACGGCAUUUCUCGUUCUCGUUAUUUGUACGUGUCUACAAUUGCUUUGUACGAUCUUGGAGAACGAACAUGGCAAUCGGACACUUGGCAAGUACCUUCAGCAAAAGUAGUACUUCCAACUGUAUAUAUCGUGGACUGGGCUGCCUUGGAGCGCGAUUGUCACGCGCUGGAGCAUAUGAUGGCGGAAACGCAAGUUCCAUCGAAUGCGUUUUUUGUUUAUUUCGACUACUCCAGUAGUGCUCGGACCAAGGUUUGCCCUUGCAUUGAGGAUCAUUUUACCAAGGAACGGAUACGACUUGCCAAGCGAAGCCUGGUACAAGAACGAUACUGGAAUCAGUCGAACGACUGGGUGGAAAUCGGCGAGGUUCCUAGCAAUAUUGGCAACACAAUUACAGGAGGACCUGUUUUACACGCGCCUCACGCAUUACGGGAGCCCUUUGUUGACCUUGUAAAACGUCAAGUCGGCACAACGCCAUCCGCGAAGAAAUUGGUUAAUCGGAAUCGCAAGACAGAUGUUUCUUUUUUCUGGAGAAAAGGCGACAACUCUCACUACAGUUUCUUGCGACGCCUCGUAGGUUAUGUGGUAAUGGAUAUGGGUAAGAAAUACAGGUGGUUGGUAAAAAUCCUAGGCGAUGAAGACGCGAUCGAAUUCAAUCUGGCUCAGCCCGAAUACGCUGAUCAACUGUUGAAUAGCAAAAUUGUGGUCGUCGCACAGCGCGACGAGUGGGAAGAUCACUAUCGCUUAUUUGAAUCAAUGGCAAGUGGCGCUCUUGUCUUUACGGACGUUAUGGUGGCGGCACCACGGAAUUUGCGAAACCGCACGAACGUUGUUAUCUACGACGGUCCUGAGUCACUGCAAAAAUUGCUGCGCUACUACUUGAGUUCCAAGCAAGCCAAAACAAGGCUUACAAUCGCGCGUCGUGGAUACGAAUAUGUCAUGGGCAAGCACCGUUCAUGGCAUCGCCUAGAAGCGCUCCUUUUCGGAACGCAACUAACCCAGCCCAAUCAGCCUGACAUGGAUGCGCCUCUCCGAAAAAGGGGAAAAUCGAGAAAACAGUAUAGUGAUAGAGCCACUACUUGAUCGAAGCGAAAUUUAGUUACUAUGAAACCAGGUAAGACUACAAAUUAUUAGAAUU